UUUAUGUCAAUCACAGGCUUUUACAGCUACGUGAAGAAGCAGAGGUUUGAAUGAAUCAUGAUCCAAGCUGGGGAGGAGGAUAACUCAUCAAGAAUUUCAGACGAAGAAGGAACUCAAAAGCAAGACAUCCAUGGAUUGGAAGAUAAACAAUAUUCAGAGGCAAAGAACAUUCUGUACUCUGUUCAUGAAGAACAAACGCAAAUCCAGUUUCAGUUGGCUUCCUUCGGUAAAGCAAAAAAGAAAAGGUAUGAAAACUUUUUGCCGUUUGCUUGAUUGUAAGGAAAACGAAUGCUAGCCGAGAAAUCGAGGAAAGUAGCAGUUAACUUGAUUUGAAAUGCAAAGAAUUUAGGGCGACUACAUAGCGAUCCAUUUUGAAGACGAAAAAGGAAGAAAUCGAGAAUCAAUCGGACGAAAUUGAACCCUGACAAUGGCCGGACUUCUUGACAUUGUUGCCGGAAAUCUGCUCGGAAGGAUAGUUAAAGCCGCUGACCGACCAGAUUUUCGUCAUAUCCGAAGCGAACUAAGAAACCUUGAAACGACUGUGUCGAAUCUCAAGCCCAGACUCAGAGACGCCGAGGAGAAGCAGGCAAGCGAUGCGGAACUCUAUGAUCUGCUUAAGCGACUCAAACAUGCAUUUUCAAUGGCCGACGAUCUGCUUGAGGAAUUGGAAUGCGAAUACUUGAAGUGGAGAGUGCAGAAUAGAAAGAAUGACGUUGACAAAAAAAGAUGCCAGUUCUUCUCUUGUUUCUCGUCCAAUUUCUUCGUUUCUGCAACUAAAACUGCCGCUAAAAUCAACGAAAUCACGAAGACUUUAGAUACGAUUGAGGAAACCAUGUCUGAAUUCUCUCUGGUUGAAGAUGAAAAUGAACAUAUCAAACGUUUGAAGAGUGAAAUGAGUCUGCGGACCUCCAUUACUGGUUCACAAGUUUUCUCAAGGCUUCUGCAUUUGAAAAAAGAGGCGAUUCUCUCUGAUAAUUUCGACUACAUUGUUGGUAGAGAUGAAGCAAAACAGAGUAUCAUUGAUGAACUACUGAAGGAUGAAGAUGAUGAACAAAAAUCUCGGCUUAUUCUUUCAAUCCAUGGAGAUGGAGGGAUGGGAAAGACGGCUCUGGCCAAGUUAGUUUACAAUGCCCACCAAGUGUUUGAUCAUUUUGACAAGAGAAUGUGGAUAUGUGUUUCUGAAGAUUUUGAUGUUCGGAGAAUCAGAAGGGAGGUUCUCAGUUCAGCAACUGGAGAAAAGGUUAGUGAUCUCUUAACCGACUGCCGUUUACUAAUCCGGCUCAAACGGAGCUUUGCCGGCCGUAAAUUGUUGCUUGUUUUGGAUGAUUUUGGGGCUUUGGACCCUGAUAGAGUAUCAGAACUGGAAAAAUUAGUGAAGAUGGGUGCUAAUGGCAGCAAGAUCAUGAUCACCACUCGCAGUGAGCAAACUGUACAGGAUUCUGCAACAUACAAGGUUGAAAAACUCGACGAGGAGAAAUCCAUGGUUUUAUUUGAACAGACAUUUGGAAGCAAAAACCUUACUGAAAAUAUGACCAGAAUUCACAGUGAACUCAAGAAAGAACUUGUGCCAAAAUGUGGAGGAGUUCCUUUGGCAAUCAAAUCCUUGGCAGGACUGCUUUCUUCGGAAGCGAGUGAUGGUGUCGAGUGGUUGGAUGUCAAGGCCUUGAGGGAGAAAUUGAAACAGGAAGAGGUGAAGGAGGGUGGUUGCGUUUUACAUGCACUGAGACUGAGUUAUGAUCUAAUGCCAUCUUACUUAAAGCCUUGUUUUCUUUGCUUUGCAUUGUUGCCUAAAGAUUAUGUGUUCUACUCAUUUGAGAUAAUCCAGUUAUGGAUGGCGCAAGGAAUCCUUCAUUCAGAUAGCCAAGAUCCCGAGGAUGUUGGGGAGCAAUACUUCAAAGAAUUGUGGUCUCGCGGUUUACUCGAAGACGUUGAGGAGCAUGCUCUUGGAUAUUGGUUCAAAAUCCAUAGCCUUGUCCAUGAUCUUGCAGUCCAACAGGCUAGUAAGGAACAACAGGACCUGGAAUUUUUGCAUCAGCUGUCAUUUGUCGACUGCAACAACAAGGAUUUGCCCGGGGCGACAUGUGAUAAAAUUUGUGUUCUUUCCAUUCCAGUGGGAGGAGAUGUGGAGCCAAAGAUCAAUGGAGUUCCUCUUUUCAAAUGCAUCACCAAGUUCAGGGAGCUAAGGGUCUUAUACUUAUGCAACUCUUCCUUGGAAGAAAUUCCAACCUCCAUCGACGCGCUGAAACAUUUAAGGUACUUAGAUUUGCGAGGGAGCCGACGACUCAAGAGGUUGCCAGAGUCUAUUUGCAAGCUACAGAGCCUGCAGACCCUGAUACUUGCAUUCUGCUCAGAGCUUGAAGAGCUUCCCAAAGACAUAGGGAAUUUGAUCAGCCUCAGAUUCUUAUGGAUACAGACAAAGCAAGCCAGCUUGGGAAAAGAUGGCAUAGGAUGCUUAACAUCGCUUCGUUUUCUCGCGAUCGGAGGGAGCAAAAACUUGACUCGCUUGUUUGAAGAUAUUGACAGACUCAAUUUGCUUCAAACACUAGUCAUUUAUGAUUGCAAAUCUCUGCUAACAUUGCCAAAAGGCAUGGAAAGCUUNCAAUUUGCUUCAAACACUAAUCAUUUAUGA